AUGGAGACAUUGGGAGAUGCGCUCGCAAGACGCAGAUCCAAAGUGGAGGUGCCGCAAUGCUGCUUCGACGGCUACGGCCUGGAACAAGUGGGCUCAAAAGGAUCCGCUCCGGAAUCCUGUCCCGCUGGACCGGUGGAGGAGUCCAGGACGGAUGCGGAGGGUUCCAAGAUGAACGACGAGGAGGAGGACGAGUACUCCGAGUACUCGGAAGAAUACUCCUCGGAAGGCUCCGGUGACGAGCAUGUCGAUGUGCCGAGCAAAACGGCAAACAAGGAUGUCCUCAACGAAGAGGAUGAGUAUUCCGAUGAAUCCGGAUCUGAGGGUCUGGAGGGCGAGGAAAGUGAAGAAGAGUACUCCGACGAGUAUUCAGAGGACGAGUACUCCGAAAUCUCUGCCGACGAGGCCGGCGACGCCAACAAAGAGGCUGAGAAGGAAGAUUCGCGAGAGGGAGACUCCGCUAAGGCAGCCCCUCCGUGUGACUCGAACGAAGAAGUCGACAAGGACACUGUCUCAGCGGAGAAAGAGGAACGUUCCGCCCAAGGCUCCGGUGAGGAACGUGUCGAUGUGUCGAGCACCGGCGCCAACAAGGAGGUCCUCAAAGAAGAUGAUGAGUACUCGUAUGUGUCUGGAUCGGAGGCUUUGGAAGGCGAGGAAAGUGAAGACGACGAGUACUCGGACGAGGACGAGUGUUCGUCGCAACACUCCGCGGCUGAGUACAAUGAUGUGAAUGCCGGUGGGGCAGAAGCAGAUGAGGCCAGCGGCGCAAAUGAAGAGGCCAAGAAGGAGGAGCCAGCGGAGAUCAUGGUAUCCGUGCCGGAGGGUGGAGACUUCAUGUGUCCAGCCCCUUCAUGCGACUUGCAAGAAGAAGCCGACAAGGACUCAGGAUCGGCGGAGAAGGACGACCGUCCCCUCGAAGCCUCGGGCGAGGAGCGUCUGUCGAGCACCGGCGCCAACAACGGGGCCCUCAACGAAAAGGAUGAGUACUCGGAUGGGUCUGGAUCCGAGGGUUUGGAGGGCGAAGAAGAUGAAGAAGACGAGUACUCGGACGAGGACGAGUGUUCGUCGCAACACUCCGCGGCUGAGCACAAUGAUGUCAUUGCCGGUGGGGUAGAGGCAGAUGAGGCCAGCGGCGCAAAUGAAGAGGCCGAGAAGGAGGAGCCAGCGGAGAUCAUGGUAUCCGUGCCGGAGGGUGGAGACUUCAUGUGUCCAGCCCCUUCAUGCGACUUGCAAGAAGAAGCAGACAAGGACUCAGGAUCGGCGGAGAAGGACGACCGUCCCCUCGAAGCCUCGGGCGAGGAGCGUCUGUCGAGCACCGGCGCCAACAACGGGGCCCUCAACGAAAAGGAUGAGUACUCGGAUGGGUCUGGAUCCGAGGGUUUGGAGGGCGAAGAAGGUGAAGAAGACGAGUACUCGGACGAGGAGGAGUGUUCGUCGCAACACUCCGUGGCUGAGUACAAUGACGUGAUUGCCGGUGGGGCAGAGGAAGAUGAUGCCAGCGAGGUUGAUGAGCAGUCGUCACAACACUCCGUGGCUGAGUACAAUGAUAUGAUUGCCAGUGGGCCAGAGGCAGAUGCAACCCAAGAGGCUGAGAAGAAGGAGCCGCCAGAAGACCAUGCGAGUCCAGACCCGACGAACCCAGAUCCUGUGUGUGGCUCGCAAGAUGAAGUCUGUGAUGUCCAGGUUGGUGAGCAGUCGUCACAACACUCCGUCGCUGAGCACGAUGACGUGAUUACC